UUUCUAUUCAAAAAAAUAAAAAAAACAUUAAUAACAAAUUUAUAAUAAAAAACUCUUGCUUUUGGAUUAACUCAUCAAAAGGAUUUCUUUAUAUUUUUUCAUAAAUUAAAGAUAUCACCAUAAACGUCGUAACGUAAUCACCUGAAUUACAACAAACCAGAAAACGAACCUCUUUUUAAAGCGGUCUCGCGCGCGCUUGUUCCAAAAAAUAAACACAGAAAUCUAAACAGCAACGACAAAUCAGGCUACAAAAAUGGGAUCCGAUUGUGGUGUUUGGAUUGGCAAAUAUGUGUUGUGCAUAUUUAAUUUUCUAUUUUUUAUCCUUGGCACGAUAGUUUUGGGCACCGGUAUAUGGCUGGCCGUUGAUAAGGCCUCUUUAAUAGCUUUAUUGAAAAUGGUCGAAAGUGAAAAUAUUAAUCAAUUUACCCAACCACAGGUUAUUGAACAAAUGGCUUAUGUUCUGAUAGCCAUUGGUGGCAUAAUGUUUUUAAUGAGUUUCCUGGGCUACUGUGGGGCCAUACGUGAAUCCAGAUGUUUAUUGACAACGUAUGGCGUUUUCAUGAUUUUACUAUUGAUUGCUGAAAUCGUUGCCGGUGGCUUGGCGGCAUUUUACAAAGAAACGGCACGCAAUGAAAGCAAAGGCUUUUUACAAUCAACCAUUACCAAAUACUAUACAACUGCCGAACAUACCGAUGCUGUUACUCUAAUGUGGAAUCAAAUGAUGAGCACUUUUGGCUGCUGUGGCGUUGUGGACUAUCGUGAUUUUGAAACAUCAUCGGGUUGGUUAAAUGGCAAAGGUAAUCGCACCAUGCCCGAGGGCUGUUGCCGUUUGAAGGAUAUUAAAAAUUUAAUACCCGAAGAUGAGAGUUGUGUGACAAAUCCUAAUGAAACAAAUAGUUUUUAUUUAAAGGGCUGCUAUGAUGUAUUUACUGAAUGGAUUAUAUCCCAUCGUGAAAUAAUAAUUGCUGUUUUAUUCGGCGUGGGUCUGGUACAUCUGUUGGCCAUUUUCUUGGCCUUUUGCCUUUGCAAAUCCUUUGCCAAAUAUCACGGCAUGAGACUGUAAACAUAAAUCUUCCCUAAUAAAUCAUUUUAUAUUAUUUACUUAGUAGCAAAAAACAAGGACCAUUUACAUAAAUAUUUAAAAAAUUAUAAAACAAAAGUCAAUAAUAAAUUAAUUUUUUGAAUUGUUUGCAAAAGGACUUGUUUGUUUAAAAGAACAUUUUUAAUAAAUUGUGACAUUUCCCUACACAUCCUAUAGCAAUUAAACAAGUCCUUUUUUGAAAUUAAUAUUCUUAAAAUAAAUAUUGUUUUGUUAUUAAAAAGACAUUCCAAUUUUAUUUGUAUAUCUUAAUAAAAUCAUUUAUUUUCGUUAAGUUUUAUUACUUUUUUAUCUUUACUAAGUUUUAGUAAAUAUCUAUUUUUUUGUUUUUUAUUUUUACUAAAACUGUCGUUUUGUAUUAUAACAAUUUUCCACUCUUAAACAUCACAAUAAUAUUUUUUUUUUAUAUUUUAUAUAUUAUAAAUUAUAAUUUUACUUUAUAAUUUUAAUUAUUUUUUAAUGUAAAAAAAACGAAAAAUGAAAACUUUAAACAUUUAUCAGAACCAAUUAUAGAUAUUUGAAUUCUAGUUUAGUUUGUUAAAACGAAAAAAACUCUUUUUAAUACUAAAUUUAUUGUUAAAUUUUCUUAUUAUUUUUUUAAUAAUUUUUAAGUUGUUUUACUUUUUGAUGAAUUAAAAUUUUAUAAAAAAAAUCAAUUGAAAAAAAUGUUUGAAUAGUUUGUAAUGUAUUUAAAAGAAAAAAAAAACAAGAAAUGAAAUGUAAAAUUUUUUAUUGCAUUUUAUCAGUUUUAAAAUGUAUAAAAAUUUAAAGAAAAAAUUUAGUUAAUAAAUAAUUAAUUAGUUAAUAAAACCCUAAAAUUAAA